UGCCGGCCUUCCUUAUUCUCUCCUUUCAGGAAAAGCGGAAAUGUUGGAGAAACAGAUACGGUUCGGAAUUCUGGGAUGCGCUGACAUAGCCAGGAAGGUGGCGAGGGCGAUAUGCCUCUCUCCAAACGCCACCCUCUCCGCUAUCGGCAGCCGUUCGAUCGACAAGGCCAAGAGAUAUGCGGCUGAGAACGGCUUCCCCGAGACCGUAAAGGUGUACGGGAGCUAUGAGGCGAUUCUGGAUGAUCCGUCCGUGGACGCCGUCUACGUGCCUCUCCCCACGAGCAUGCGCGUGCUGUGGGGGGUCUCGGCCGCGGAGAAGAAGAAGCACGUGCUCCUCGAGAAGCCGACCGCCAUGCACGUGUCGGAGCUGGACCAGAUACUGCAAGCGUGCGAAUCGAACGGGGUGCAGUUCAUGGACGGUACGAUGUGGAUGCACCACCCGAGGACGCACAGGAUGAGGGAGAUGCUUUCGAAUCCCAGCCUCUUUGGAGACCUCAAAGAGGUCCACAGCAUUUCCGGGUACCGUGGCGACUCAGAUUUUCUGGAGAAUGACGUCCGUGUGAAGCCAGAUCUUGAUGGGCUUGGGGCUCUUGGUGACGUUGGGUGGUACUGCAUCCGUUCAAUCUUGUGGGCCACAGAUUACGAACUGCCCAAAACCGUAACCGCACUCCACGGUCCCGUUUUCAACAAAGCAGGGGUAGUUCUAUCGUGUGGAGCUUCCUUACUAUGGGAAGAUGGAAAGACAGCGACCUUCAAUUGCUCAUUCUUAUUCAAUUCGUCAAUGGACAUAACUGUUCUUGGAACAAAGGGGACUCUGCAUCUCAACGACUUCAUCAUUCCUUUCAACGAAACCUCGGCAAGUUUCUCAUUUGCCUCCGAGUCGGGAUUCACAGAACUGGCGACGGGCUGGGCCCCAUUGCCUAGAGAUCAUGUUGUCACCACGGAUUUGCCACAAGAGGCUCUUCUGGUCAAGGAAUUCGCGAGUUUGGUGGGACUUAUCAGGGACUCUGGUUCGAAACCGGAUGCGAAAUGGCCCACUAUCAGUAGAAAGACGCAGCUGGUGCUGGACGCUGUGAAGACAUCGAUCGAUAAGGGUUGCGUGCCUAUUAACAUUGUGAGUUAAUUGAGGCUUGCCUAGGAUGGAAGCUGAUUGCGUCCCAGUCUCUCGCCAGGAACGGACAGAUCUGUGUGAGAACCUACCUUGAUGUUUCUAUUUAUCUAUGUCAUCCACACUUCUUGUAUCAUUUCAAGGAAUGGACUCAAAAAUAUGCAUUUAAUGCCACCUAAGCUUAUCACUUGGUGUGGUCCACUUGAGCAUUGUAUCUGCCUCAUUUUUGAGCUCAUG